UAGUAUGAAGUUACAAGUCUUACCAUUCAUAUCUUGUUACCUAUUUAGUUAAUAAGUUGAAAAUUGAGUUUAAAAAAAAUAAUAAUAAAUUGAUAGUGAAUGAACAUUUUUUACAAAAUGAAUUGGAUAGUUAGCAUAUUAUUAGUAGUCACGAUUGUGGAAGCUGGUGAUAUGAUGCGAAAAAGUAUUGUAUUCGAUAAAAAUACACCAGAUGUAUUCUAUUGUCCCAUUCAUAAACCAACUGGUUUUGAUAAAUUAAUUGUGAAAGCACGACCAUUAUCAAGAUUAUGUGAAUUUGAAGGUAAAGGUAUACCAGAAGAUUAUAAAUCAGAUUGUUAUCAAGAUGUUGAUGAAACUGAAUAUGCAUGCAAGGAGAAAUAUCGAAUUAUGAUGCGAAUGUAUCCACCUGGUAGUGAAAAACCAUUUGACGACAGCAGUUUAGCCAAAUUUAAAGCUGUCGAUAUGGAUAAAGUAUUAAAAGUUUUACCCGAAGAUAAACGGAUAUUUUUGAAAAACCGGCUUGGAUAAUAAUUAGAUUCAAAAUUGUUAAUUUAUUUGCCUUUACUGUGUUAACUUUUUGUACAUACUUCAAAAGAGAAUUUAUAUUUAAAUGUUAUUCAAAUGAAGUAAAUAUAAAUGAAUUUAUGUAUUAUUAUUUUAUGUAAAAUAGUCUCAAAUUUUGGUGCUAAUAUAUAACAGAAAUUUUGGAAAUAGUGGCCCUGUACUAUUUUUAAUAAAGUAAUUUUUUUAUGUUUUUAA